AUUUUCAUCCGUUAUUUCUCUAUCCCUUCAAGUGUCACGAAGACCCACCUUUACAAGUCCCCUCUUCGUUUUCCAAGUCUUCUGUCAUUUACCCACUUCCACUCAUGGAACGGACCCUCCUUUCCUCAGUCGAGUUCUGCUCGUCACAGAACAGCGACUCUGAAUCAUGGAAACACGAACACCGAAAGCACAAACCCUCUCGUCGACUUUGGACUUCAAUUCCUGUCGUGAUACUGGGCUUCAUGCCUAUCGUGUGUUUUGGACUUGGAACGUGGCAAGUGAACAGGCUCAAAUGGAAAGUAAGCUUGAUCGACGACUUGGAAGAUAAGCUCUCGAGGGAGCCGAUGGUGUUGCCAAGGAAUAUCAAUUUGUUUGAAAUACCCAACUUUGAGUACCGUCGCGUGCGCGUUAGCGGCGUGUGGGACAAUGCCCACUCCAUUCUCCUCGGUCCCAGGACCCACGAAAAUGUCCUAGGCUACCACAUCAUUACACCCUUAAUCAGAGGGGACCAUUCAUCGACGAUACUCGUUGACAGAGGCUUCGUCUCAAAAGAUCUUCUGGGGAACAACCCCACUAUUCGGCAACGGUUGCUGUCCGGUGUGGGGAAGGAGAAUGAGGUAGUUGAACUGGUGGGACUGUUGAGGCAAGGCCAAUUGAAAGGUCAAUUCACACCUGAUAACAACCCAGAAAAGGGAGAGUGGUAUUGGUCAGAUGUGAAUGCACUUGCAACACAUGCAGGGGGAUCUGAGGCUGGUGUGCAGCCUGUGCUUAUCGAGGCAUUGUUCUACAGGAGUUCUGGCGAUGCUUCUCGGAUGCUUGCGGAGGGCAUACCGAUUGGUCGAUCGCCCAAUAUCGAACUAAGAAACAUGCAUGCCACAUAUGCAAUAACCUGGUAUUCACUGUCAGUGGCAACAGCAGUGAUGUUCUGGUAUCUUGUUCGCACCCUUCGGCGGCGACGAGGAGCUGAGAUUGAUAAGCUAUUCUCGCGACAUGAUGCGCGCUUCCAAGCGUCAAAAUCCAACUAGCUGAUUCGGUCAUGAGUCAAAAUGCCGGACCUGCGAGUUCGCAUUUUUGUCGGUCUCGGCCACUUGAACGCGCUGUAUAUUUUUGCAGUAAUUCACACCCGCACUGUCUACUUAUUCAAUGUCGGGCAUCGUUUUCGCAUUGAAUGUGAUUGUUGGUUUAUCAGGGAAAAAAAUGACACCCCCCCUUCUUUGUUUCCCUCCCCUAUAGGCCAGGUUUUGAGGGGUGUCAGAUCACAAGAUAGCCAGAACCCUGUCUUAGCCAGAAAACGUCGUGCGAAGGAUACUCUCACUUGCGAUUCGAGUCUGUUUGAUUUUUUGAAGUUCACCAAGGAUGUUCCGGUUGGAUCGCUCGGAGCUACCUUUGACCAAGGUCAUCCGCUCUUUUCCCUGAUUCAAAUCGGAGUUGUACGGG